GCGCGGAAGCGCAUGCGUGGGGUGGAGUCAGCUUCUUUGAAUUCCGGAGGCGGCAUUCGGUGGUCAGAGGCCUGUGCGGCUACAGGAACCUAGGAAAUAACUCGGAACCCGUAACGUCCCACUGGUUUGGACAUAUUCCUCUCCUGAUCUGGCCUCAUCUGUUCCAGGGAGGUGGGAUUGAACAAAGUCUUGCUCUGUCACCCAGGCUGGAGUGCAGUGGCGCAAUCACGGCUCUCUGCAGCCUCGACCCCCGGGGCUCAAGCUAUUCUCCUGCCUCACCCUCCUGAGUAGAUAGGACUACAGGCACGUGCAGCUAUGCCUAGCUAAUUUUUUAAAUCUUAAGUAGAGACAUUGUCUCACUGUGUUGCCCAGACUGGUCUUGAACUCCUAGGUUGAAGGGAUCUUCCAGCCUCUGCCUCCCGAAGUGCUGUAUUACAGAACAUAUGCAGUAAUGUCACCUCAAAAGAGAUUUAAGAACGUCCAGGCACAAAACAGGACUUCACAAGGUAGUAGUAGUUUUCAGACCACGCUUUCAGCCUGGAAAGUAAAACAGGAUCCAAGCAACUCAAAGAACAUCUCAAAACAUGGACAAAACAAUCCAGUGGGAGAUUAUGAACAUGCUGAUGAUCAAGCUGAAGAAGAUGCUUUGCAAAUGGCAGUGGGAUAUUUUGAGAAAGGUCCCAUUAAAGCUUCACAGAAUAAAGAUAAAACCUUGGAAAAACACUUGAAAACUGUGGAAAAUGUGGCUUGGAAGAAUGGGUUAGCUUCAGAAGAAAUUGAUAUUCUAUUAAAUAUUGCACUCAGUGGCAAAUUUGGAAAUGCUGUAAACACACGGAUAUUGAAGUGCAUCAUCCCAGCAACAGUAAUAUCAGAAGAUUCUGUGGUUAAGGCAGUCUCCUGGCUUUGUGUUGGCAAGUGUUCUGGUAGCACCAAGGUACUUUUUUAUCGUUGGCUGGUUGCAAUGUUUGACUUCAUUGAUCGUAAGGAGCAAAUUAACUUGCUCUAUGGCUUCUUUUUUGCUUCAUUGCAAGAUGAUGCACUGUGCCCUUAUGUUUGCCAUUUGUUAUAUUUACUUACCAAAAAAGAGAAUGUCAAACCAUUUCGUGUGAGAAAACUGCUUGAUCUUCAGGCCAAAAUGGGGAUGCAGCCUCAUCUCCAGGCUUUGUUGUCACUGUAUAAGUUCUUUGCUCCUGCUCUGAUUUCAGUAUCUUUGCCUGUAAGGAAGAAGAUAUAUUUUAAGAAUUCAGAGAAUCUAUGGAAGACGGCUCUGCUUGCCGUGAAGCAAAGAAACCGGGGACCUUCUCCAGAACCUCUGAAGUUGAUGUUAGGUCCAGCUAAUGUUCGUCCUCUAAAAAGAAAGUGGAAUUCUCUCUCAGUUAUACCAGUGCUCAAUUCCAGUAGCUACACUAAAGAAUGUGGGAAAAAAGAGAUGAGUCUUUCUGAUUGUCUGAAUAGAAGUGGAUCAUUUCCACUAGAACAACUUCAAAGCUUCCCCCAACUUUUACAGAACAUCCAUUGCUUAGAGCUGCCUUCUCAGAUGGGCUCAGUGCUAAACAACUCUCUGCUGCUUCACUAUAUUAACUGUGUCAGAGAUGAGCCAGUCUUGCUGAGGUUUUAUUACUGGUUGAGUCAAACAUUACAAGAAGAAUGUAUUUGGUACAAGGUGAAUAAUUAUGAACAUGGAAAAGAAUUUACCAACUUCCUGGAUACCAUCAUCAGGGCAGAGUGCUUCUUACAAGAGGGGUUUUAUUCCUGUGAAGCAUUCCUGUAUAAGAGCCUUCCUCUCUGGGAUGGCCUUUGUUGUCGGUCACAGUUCCUUCAGCUUGUGAGCUGGAUUCCUUUUAGUAGCUUCUCUGAGGUGAAACCACUUCUUUUUGACCAUCUAGCGCAGCUCUUCUUUACAUCAACCAUUUAUUUCAAGUGUAGUGUUCUUCAGAGUCUGAAAGAGCUAUUGCAGAAUUGGCUGUUGUGGCUUUCUAUGGACAUUCACAUGAAACCUGUUACAAACAGUCCUCUAGAGACAACUUUGGGUGGAUCCAUGAACUCUGUGUCUAAACUGAUCCACUAUGUAGGGUGGCUAUCCACUACUGCAAUGCGCUUGGAGAGCAACAGUACUUUCUUGCUGCACUUUAUUUUGGAUUUCUAUGAGAAGGUGUGUGACAUAUAUAUAAAUUAUAACCUUCCAUUAGUGGUAUUGUUUCCUCCUGGGAUCUUCUAUUCUGCACUCCUCAGCCUGGAUACCAGCAUCCUGAACCAGCUGUGUUUUAUUAUGCACAGAUAUCGUAAAAAUUUGACUGCCGCAAAGAAAAAUGAGUUGGUACAAAAGACAAAAUCAGAGUUCAAUUUCAGCAGCAAGACUUAUCAAGAAUUUAAUCACUAUUUGACAUCAAUGGUUGGUUGCCUGUGGACGUCCAAACCCUUUGGGAAAGGAAUAUAUGUUGACCCUGAAAUCCUAGAAAAAACUGGAGUGGCUGAAUAUAAAAACAGUUUAAAUGUAGUCCAUCAUCCUUCUUUCUUGAGUUACGCUGUUUCCUUUUUGCUACAGGGAAAGAAAUGGAGCUGGUAUUUGGACUAUUUAUUUUCACAGGGGUUACAAGGCUUGAAACUUUUUAUAAGAAGUAGUGUUCAUCAUCCAUUCCCAGAGCAGAGGGCAUAAACUGCAACAAUCAAUAUUAAAUGAAUGUUGACAUAAACUGAACAUACUGGACUAAACUCAAUCCUCAUUGCUAGAGCAAAGUGGCUCAUCUUGAGUUCCCAUUUUGAUUUCACUGACAGACUGCCAUCGUCAAGGAGUACUCAGACUGGCCUUCUGUUCAUGGCUUAGGAGAGCCUUGGUGUGCCUAACUGAUUUUUCAAAAUUUAGAUUUUUUUAGCCUACCAGUGAAAAAUGACCCCUUCAUCAUCAGGCUCUGCGUUCUACCAAAUUGUAUGUAAAAAGACACAUCUGUUUUGUGGUAGGAUUUUUUCACAUUUUUGGGUACUAUGAGCUGCAUUGAUGGAAGACAGCAGGCAAUAUGUGGUGACAGUUAACUCACAGACAUAAACAUGCAAAAUACUUUGCUGUCUCUGGGGAUAUUGCCAUUUUUCUUACUGUGAGCAACAGCACCAACACCAAGUUAACAGGAUGCAACAUGUAUGACUCUAAAAGCCCUAAGUAGUUGGUAACUUCCUGGGCCUUCAAUCAUAGCAAUUUGAUGAGGGAAGGAAGGGGAGAGGAUUUGUUGGGUAAUCAAGAUAUUCCCGUAUAUGUCUGAUUUCAUGGAACUGCUCUAUUUUGUUUGUGUGUAUUGUAUAUGUAUAUAUGUAUGUGUGCGUGUAUGUGUGUGUCUGUAGCUUCAGUUUUUAAGUGUAAGGACUAAAUAACUGAAAUUUUACUUUCAGAAGGAAUUCUGAAGUUUUAAAAAAGUUAAUAAUAGCUAGAAUAUCUUGCUGAAAAUGUACUAUAAAAUUUUGCCUGCUGGGCGUGGUGGCUCACGCCUGUAAUCCCAGCACUUUGGGAGGCCAAGGUGGGUGGAUCAUGAGGUCAGGAGUUCGAGAUGAGGCUGGCCAAUAUGGUAAAACCCUGUCUCUACUAAAAAUACAAAAAAUUGGCCGGGCAUGCCGGCACGUGCCUGUAGUCCCAGCUACUCAGGAGGCUGGGGCAGGAGAAUCACUUGAACCCGGGAGGCGGAGGUUGCAGUGAGCCAAGAUCGCGCCACUGCACUCCGGCGAGACUCUGUCUCAAAAAAAAAAAAAAUUACCUCAAUGCUAUUGAAUAACUCUCCCUUCUAGUAAAAUUCGUAUCAUUUGAGAAGAAUCAAGCUGAAUUAAUUUUUAUCUUUAAGGAUGCAUACUUGGGGUUCUUUUUUUUCCCCAUUUAAAAAAACAAACCCUAAACUAUAUUAUUGGAUGGCGUUCAGACUAGAAAUCCCACUUGUCCAUUGACUCAUUAAUUGAUUCAAUAAAUAUUUAUUGAGCUCCUUUCUCUGUGCCAGGUACUCUUCUGUGUGCUGGUUAUACAGUUGUGACCAAUACAAAGUACCCGGGUUUUUGUUUUUGUUUUUGUUUUUUGAGAUGGAGUCUCGCUCUGUUGCCCAGGCUGGAGUGCAGAGGCAUGAUCUCGGCUCACUGCAACCUCUACUUCCUGGUUCAAGCAAUUCUCCUGCCUCAGCCUCACGAGUAGCUGGGAUUACAGGCACCUACCACCACGCCCAGCCAAUUUUUGUAUUUUUAGUAGAGACAGGGUUCCGUCAUGUUGACCAGGCUGGACUUGAACUCUUGAUCUCAAGUGAUCAACCCGCCUUGGCCUCCCAAAGUGUUGGGAUUAGAGGUGUGAGCCAUUGCACCCAGCCCAAAGUACCUGUUUUUAUGGAGUUUACGUUCCAAUGGAGAAGACAGACAAUAACAUAUAUCAAAUGCUAUAAAGAAAGGGCAGGGAAUAGGGAUACAAUGUGUUGAAUUUUGUCAAAUGCUUUUUUUGUAUCUUUUGAGAUUAUCAUAUGGCUUUUGUCCUUCAUUCUGUUAACAUGAUAUAUCACAUUUACUGAUUUGUGUAUACUGAAUCAUCUUUGCAUCCCGGGAUGAAUCCCACUGGGACAGAAUGUGGAGAAGGUUGAAACUUUAGAUAAGAUGGUUUGGGAAAGCCUGUUUGAAGAGAUGACAUAUGCAGAGGCCCCAGUGAAGUAAGCAUAUGAGUCAUAUAAAUAUUUGGGGAAAGAGCAUUCUGGACAAAGGUAAAAAACAAGUGAAAAGGCCCUAAAAUGUUAACUUACUUGGCAUGUUUGAGGAAUAACAAAGAGGCCAGUAAGGUUACAGCAUAGUGAUUAAGAGAGAAGAAUGGUGUAAGAAGUGACAUAAGGAAGAAAGCCAGGUCCUUAUAGCCUGGCAUGGAUAUGUAAAUGGUAAGCAAUUAGAUUGAGAAGAGGAGUGACAUAAUUUGAUUUACCUUUAUGAAAUAUGGAGCUACAAUGUCAAGGUUAGACUGAAGAAGAUUAAAGAGGAAAGCAGAGACUGGUUAGGUUAUUAUAGUGUCCUAGGUAACAGUUUUGGACAAGUGUGAUAAAUGUUGAGGUGGGAGGGGUUAGAGGUUGGAUUCAGGCUCUGUUUUGUAAGUAGAGAAGAUAAUGUCUGCUGAUAGCUUGGAUAUGAGGAGGAAAAGGAGAGGAGUAAAGGAUGACUCAGAUUUUUGACCUGUCAAUUGGGUGAACUCUGAGAUUAAAUUCUGUUUUGGCUAUGUUAGGUUGGAAAUGCUGUGUAGGCAAUUGGAUAUCCAAGUCUGGACUUCAGAGUACAAUUUGGGACUAGAAAAUUAAUUUGGGAGUCAUUAGGGAAUAACCAUGACUUUGGAUGAGAUCACCUAGUACAGCUAGAGAAGAGAAGGUAGCAAAAGACAGAGACCUAAGGUAUGCCAGCAUUGAGAAGUAGAGGAGAAGAGGAACCAGCAAAAGACUGAGAAGGACCCACCAGUGACCUAGAAGAAAAAUCAGGAGGCUGGUAUUCUGGAAGCCAUCAGAAGAAAAUGUUUCACAAAAGGAAGGUAGUAUUGAAUGGUGUGAAAUGUUACCUAUAUACCUGGAAAAAAGCAACUUCAGCUGCUUUUUAAGUAAAUGUGAUAGUUUGUACUGCAAAUAACUUUCCAUAUUGCUUUUCAGAUCAUGAUAUUUUGGUCCUUAAGAUCGUGUAGAACUUUCCAUUGUGAGAAGGGAGUUGAUUAUUUUAUCAUUAAAGAAACUUUUCUAAACUUAAAUUUAUGAAAAAUAAUUUUUCCCUUAGGUUUGUCUUUUUGUUCAAUAAUGAUUCCCUGGGUAUCUUUUUUUGCCCCACAAAUAAAAUACUUAGACAUA